AUGGGUUUUUUAAAAAUUACAAACCAAACACGAAUCACGUGAUGCACUUCAAAUACAAAACGGAUCAAUCUCAAGUUGCACAUUUGUCUGUCAUCUGUCAAACGUCUUUCUCACUAGCGAGCAAUUCUGUUUCGAAAUUUGAGAAGACGAAAUGAACACCACGAUGUAUGGGGUAAACAUUAUCUUCUAUUCAGCUAUAAUGGUAUGUCUGGGAACUGGUGCUAUCAUGAAUUUGGAACCAAAGAUGACCGAAGAUGAAAUUAUUUAUGAAAGAGCUGUUUUGAAGAAACUGACAAAAAAUCUCCUGAUUGAUCGAAUGAUCGAAAAUAAUGCAGCAGAUAACGAACCUCAAAAUGAAAACCCGACCAACGAAGUUGCUGAAAAGGAUGGUUUGAAAAAUAGUGCACAGAUGCAAUGUUCUUGGAAAGGGAAUGCGGGGAAAUGUUGUACUUAUCUGCGCCAUCUUCCUAAAUUAUGUGUUCGUAUGGCAGCUUUUGAAUAUAUGUUGCAAUUCAGCAUAGAAUUAGGUGGUUUUGUUCUUAUACAUAGAACUUACCAUGGUACUUUCUCCAAAACCUACUCAUUUCAUUAUGGAACUGUACAUAUACAGUUUAAAUUUGUAGUGGAACGUAUUAGCCAUCGUCACCUCAAGGCAUGCUUCAAAAUAUCAUAUGAAGUUCAAUCUUACCAUUUCUCAAAGUCUCUCGGCUGCAUAAACAAACAUUUUCCUGCUAUUGAAAAUAUCCACGUGAACAGUAUAUCGGAUUUGAGUUCGAAUGGUAAAAUUUCUUUUGAGGCACAAGAAUUUGAAACUGGAAAUCUUAACAGUAUGGAAUACCUUGGUGAAGAAAACCAAAACAAAAAUGUUCUCAUUUAGACCUAAAAUACCGAGAAGAAGCGAGUGAAUUAAAGAUAGUAUUUUCAUUUGUUUGUAUAUGAUUUGAAAUAAAAAUAUAAAAAACUUGAUAUGAAAUAAUCUUUUGAACAAAUAUUAAGGCUUAAAAUACAUCAGAAAAGUGCACCUUGGGAAAAAUAUCAAGGAGGUAUUUAUCAUAUAUGUCCAGAGAUCAAAUCUUUUCUACUCUAGGCACCAGGCCCGAAAUUUUGGUGGGAGGGGGCCAAUCAAUUAGGUACUUAAUGUUUCGACCUCGAAAGGACGAAAGGCCAGGUCGACCUCUUGAUAUCAAAUAAUAGUAAAAUAUUAAUACAACUACAGAACAAUAAAUAUUGUAACAAAAACCAUAUAAAUCUAAAUAAUAAUUCGUGCGAUUUUUAGAAACCAGUCUGUCUCUAAUAAAGAUUUGAAGAAUUUA